GAAACAUUUCAAGAAGUGGAUAUAUCAGCCGAUAAACAGUGGGAACCGAAUGGACCUCCUCCACCCAAGAAAAACUGUUUCCUAAUAAGUGGAACCCUUCGUUACACGUCGUCAAGCAAACCGAAAUUCGCAAAAGAAAUUUUAAAUUAUGAGGAACGUCAGAGAUUUCUCGAACACCUACUAGAAUUUGAUGCCAUUAUAUAUGAUAUAACCGAGAAUCCUGAGCAAAUAGAAGAAGUUUUAUGGCUUGUGGAAUCUUUGGAACAGAGGUCAGAAGAAUUUGUUACGCAGAAAAAAUUCUUCUUGAUCAGCAACCUAAUGAGCUGGCCCAUGACUAAGCCAAGUGAUCCGGAAGACCCAGGAUUUGUGGAAUCUGAAUAUAGACGUCGUAAACCGCAUCCAAAGUUCAAAGAAUAUUUAGAAUGCGAAAAGGCAAUCUUGAGAGCAGGUAAAAAGCAUAAAAAGAAAUUCAUUACUUAUGUAUUGGCUUGUGGAGUAUUUUACGGUUGUGGAGAAUAUAUCUUUCAACACUUAUUCAAAGAAGCAUGGUUAGCACAAAAACCCUUGCCAAUUUAUUUGAAUGGGGAGAAUAUCCUACCAACAGUUCAUGUGAUUGAUUUAGCAAGAGUAAUUCAAUGUAUCAUUGACAAUCCACCUAGACAACGUUAUAUAGUUGUACGAGAUGACAGCCAGUUCACUUUAUCAGAGAUUGUAAAAUCUAUCUCAUCAGCUCUAUCUCACGGGAAUACAAAGGUAUACACGAAAGAGGAUAUGGAAGUAUAUAAUAUACCGCCAGAAAUAAGUGAUUUGCUUACACUGAAUCUUCGCAUUGAACCUGGUGCAAUUAAAGAAGAUAUGCAAUUUCAAUGGGUGUCCGACAGUGGAAUACCAAAUUAUAUCUCCCAGCUAGUCAAUGAAUUUAUUGAAGAACAUAAUUUAAAGCCAUUACGUAUAUGUGUCCUUGGUCCACCGUGUGUUGGCAAGACAACACUAGCUAAACAACUCUGUCAAGUCUAUCGUUUACACCAUAUACACUUGAAUGGUUUAUUAUUCGAGUGUAUCAGAAACUUGCUUGAACCAAUCAAAGCUUAUGAACAUUUAUUAGCAAUUCGUGAAGAAGAGCGUUUAGUAACUGAAUUAGUCUCUGAUGCUGAUAUUGAAUCAACUGAGAAAAUUUUACCACAUAGAAAUUCUGGGAUUAGUCCUUCAUCUUUAGGUGGAAAUGAAACUAAAGCAUUAGCGACUGGAGGUACUACAGGCUUGGACUUCACAUCAACUUUAAACUGGUCGACCAAAGUUUCUCAUCCAGUGAAUACAACAGCGGAUAGUUAUGAUUAUGAUGAUGAUAAAAAUACGUUAACUGGAGAUGAAAUCACUUCGAUAAGAAAGUCAAGUGUUGGAGAAACAUUGGCCGAUUUAGAAUAUUAUCCAAUCAGUCCACUACCAAUAUGGAAUUCAGAAGAUGAACUUGAAUUGUUAGUUAAUGAUUGUCAAGAACGCUUAGAACAAUUAAGAGAGAAUACUGAUGAAACUGGUAAACUGAACGACGAAACAUUGGUUAGACUGCUUAUUCAAAAGCUCAUGUCAAAACCAUGUCAAAAUCAAGGAUUUGUGUUAGAUGGAUUUCCGAAGACACUUGAACAAGCUGAAGCUUUAUUCAGACCUGACCCAGAAGAUGAAGAUAUUCUUGGCAAUGAGAAAUUUCCAUCAUCUCAUCGAUUGAUCACACCUGAUUAUGUAAUUUAUUUGAUGGGUAGUAAUGAAUUAGUACGUCAUCGAUUCAACAGACAAUCAACAGAGGCUGGUCUCAAUCCUGAGCAAGCUUUAGUAAUCCCACCAUUAUGGAAAGCUUGUUUACUGGGUGAUAAAUUCAUGUCUCAAGAUGCCGAUAAGACGAAACCAAGUGUAAAUGUCGAGAAUGAACCAGAAAAGGGAUCAGAACACUUGGAGAAUACAGAUGAAAAUGCACCAGGUCAAGAGAUGACAGUGUUGAAACACUUAGAGACACAGAAGCAUAGACAUGAACGACGUCUAGAAGCUUAUCGUGCUGCAAUGGCACCAGCUGCUGCAGCUUUUCGUGCAGCACUAAUUGAUGAGGCUAACUUACGUAAGAAAAGUGAUAGAUUUAUAGAGAGGUUAAGCAUUAAUUGUUCUCCUUUUGUUGUUGUUCUUGUUUUUUGA